GAACAGAGAAAAAAAGCCUUAUCUCACUUGAUAAAUUUAACAAAAGAAGGAUCUUCUAUUCUGUGGGAAGAACAUUUUCGAACUGUUCUCAGAUUGCUCAUAGAAACAAUAGAAGAUAGUGAUAUGUGUAUUCGAUCUUUAGCAUUAAGAGCAUUAUGUGAACUCAUUAGAAGGCAAGCACAUAGGUUUCAUGGUUACGUUGAAUUAACAAUAAUAAAAAUUCUGGAAGCUCAUAGAGAUCAAGAAAGAGAAGUAUUACGUGUAGCUGAUAUAUGUUCAGCUGUUGCUGCAAGUGUUCUUCCUCCUGAACAAUGUGUUAGAACUUUAAAACCUAUUAUCAUUACAGCAGAAUUUCCUAUCAGCUUAGCAGCUGUCAAGAUGCUCUCUAAAUUGGUGGACCAAUAUCCAAAGAAUAUAAUUGUGCAGUUGUUACCAGAUAUUAUGCCAGCUCUUAUAAAAGCAUUUGAUAAUGAAGAAAGUCCAGUGCGGAAAGAAGCAGUAUUCUGUACAGUAGCUAUUCAUUCUGUUGUAGGAGAUGCCUUAAAACCGCAUUUGGCAACAUUAAGUGGAAGCAGGAUGAAAUUGUUGAAUAUUUAUAUCAAGAGAGCUCAAGCCCAAACUAAUAAUGGCAGUUCAGGUUCAUCGAGUAAUCCCUCCUCUUCCAGUUGCCAUUAAAACAUCAUCAUAUUUGUUGAAAGCAAUCUUUUAUGGAAUUUAGUUCAAACACAACAAACUUCAUAAUUGUGAUUUUCUGCCAUAAUUACUAGGAAAUGUUUUCCAAUGUCAAUGUUAUAUAAUUCAUGCAUGGGUGGAACUUUCCAUUUAAAAUGUGGCAGAUAGAAGUUUCUGUAUGUGUGAAAAACAUCCAUUCCACUCUUGUUUCACUACAAAAAGUGGGAACUUUUGUCAGGGAAAGAAAUAGUGCCUCAAGAUACAGAUGAUUGCACAUAGCAUUCAAGGUAUAAGUGGAUGCUGCAACAAUUCAGUAUUUGAUGAUGAUGAUGAUGAUGAUGAUACAAAUAGAACUAUACCCAAAACUCAGAGAUACUAUCCUAAAGAAACAGAGAGGAAGAUCCUAUUUCUCUAGAAAAUUAUCAUGAUAUCAAAUUUAACAACUUCUUUUCUAUCUGCAUCUUGGAUAGUACUUGUACACAGCAGUGCCAUGUUAUGAUUUUCUUGAGUUGAGACAACUAUUUUGAAUUGGUGCUAAUAUUUAUAUCACCAAAUGUAUUAUAUUCAUUAUAGUUAUAUAAGUUGUUUUAUAUAUAGUUAUGAAGACAUAAUAUGAUUUUUAUUGUACUUAAAACUGAUUCAUGUGUAUUUUCUUGGUCAAUUUGUGAUAUUCAACAAAAGUAAAUCUGCAUUGUACAUAAAGUGUUGUCAUUAUCUUAAAAUUCAAUCAGUAUUAAUUUAACAUAUGUCAUCUAAUAAUAAUGAAUUUAAUAGUAGAUACUAACAGUAAAUAACCUUCAUUUAAACAAAGCACCAAUUCAUUAUAGUGCCUUAUGCAUUCUCUUCUGUUCAUCCUCUUUUGAAAACUUCAUUCUAUGCAGAAAGUGCCAUGACUUGUUUUCACAACUAUUGAAUGAGUGCAUGAUAAUGUGUAUAGUGAAAGCCAUUUGCAUCACCCAUCAACUUUGCAGUAUGUUUUGAAAAGCUGCAGUGAUUAUACAAAACAUUUGGGACUACAAUGUGCAUUUGCUAUGUAUAGUGUACAUUCCCUCCAUGAAAUAAAUCAUUGUCUUACACAUUUUGUUUCCUCUCAUAUAUUUCUAACAGUAUUAUUUUUUGGCAAUUUACAGGAAAAACUAAUUAUCGUGUGCCAAAAUAAGCCAAUAUGCAAUGUUAUAAGUAAGUG